AUGGCUACGCCAUGCUACAUCGAAGAUGUGGAGUUCCAGAAUAGUUUUAGGUUGGGCGGUAGUCUGCCUUGGACAGGACAUCGAAGAUGUUUACUGAGAGGCAUCAGUUUGAAGAGGUGUGGCAACGCCACGUUUUCUGAUAAUGCAGCGAAGGUUCGGAGCCCAACUCCAGUGCCCAACCUGCGUCAGUGCUACCUGCAAGCAGCGCCGCAAAAUGUGGCACGCGACGAACCUCGUGAACAACGCGAGCCGUGCUACCACGCUCAUAAGUUGAAGCAGCAACUAAUGGCCAAGCAGGCACAUGCUGUGGAGCCCUUCCGUAAAGUGAAGGGACAGUGGGUCGACUACUGGAGUGAGUACCACAGGUGUUGGAUCCCGGCGUCGAUACUGGAUGUUGACCCUGAGUCUGGUGGAAUCGUGCUCGAUGUCAAACCUGGCACGGCCUUGCGCUUGCACGACCAGUGGAAGAUUCGUCCCCGGCGAAUGCCCACGCCAGAGCAGGUUUCGGCGGUGCACGGCAUGCUCGCCAACGUGGAGCUGGAGCUGCAAGCCGAGAGGUUCUUCUCAGAGAUUGGGCGAGCAAAGACAGAAUCCAUUCAAAGCCUCGAAGAUGUGAUGAAGCUCGGGGACAAAGUGAACUGCUUCGUUGGCCUUCUGGGCUGUCAGGUCCACCUAAAGGUCAAGAUGCAAGGCCAGGGUUUCCUGUCGUUUGAUGACUUCCGCAUGAUCUUCUCGGAUGUUGCGCAUCUCCAGCAGGACAUGUCUGUUCAGGCGUUGCAGAAGGACGUUGCUGAGACAGCCAUUCCUGGCACCCCUGAUUCACGCUACCAGAUCUGCGAGACGCUGGGCAAGGGCACCUACGGUGAAGUUGUCAAAGCAAAGGACAAGCAAACAAGGCAGACGCGAGCCAUCAAAAUCAUCAACAAGGAGAAGGUGCAUGGAGACAUGGCGUUCUUGAAACAAGAGAUUCAAAAUUUGAUUCAGCUGGACCAUCCCCACGUUCUGAAACUUCUGGAAUUCUACAACAGCGAGGAUCGGAUUUUCCUGGUGACGGAUCAUUGCUCGCGUGGCGAGUUGCACAAGCACAUCUGCGAUGCCAGGGACUCGCGGAAGCCCAUCCCGCAGGUGUGGAUCGCUCACGUUAUGCAGCAGCUCCUCUCUGCCGUGACGCACAUCCAUGCGAACGGCAUCAUUCACCUGGACGUCAAGUCUCAAAACAUUAUGCUGAUGCCGGCUUUGGAGACGAAGAUGCGCUUCGUCCAAGCCGAGCCGAACGAGGCGGUGUGCUCCAUUGACAUCUUCAAGGAGCUUCCUCACAUCAUUGUCAUCGACCUUGGUGUCGCCACCAUCUUCCAGCCUGGCAAUUUCAAGCGUGGCAGCCCUAUGGGUACGCCUUCUACCAUGGCGCCUGAAGUCUGGCGUGGAGAAAUCACGCCGAAGGCCGAUGUUUUCAGCUGCGGCUGUGUGCUGUUCGAACUUCUCAGUUUCCAAAUGCCCUGGGACUUCAAGUACCGUGGGAACAAGCAGGAGGCAAGGAAUUUCUGGGAGGCCAGGCCGCGACCUCACUGGGAAAGGGUGCAGCGAGCACCGGUCGACGCGCAAAGCCUGAUGGCCAAGAUGCUGGAGCAGGAGAGGCCCAGGCGCAUGAAUGCCGCUGAUGGCCUCAGGGAGCCCUUCGUGAGUCUUGCUUCGGAUGGCAUCCCGGUCACACAAAUGGAGAAGGGGCUCAAGCUGAUCAACCGCUUGGUUACCACCUGCGAAAGAGAUGCAUUCUACAAGCUCAUCUGCCUCAAAAUAGCACAGGACUGGCCUCCAAACGAGAUGCCCUCCUUCAAGAGCGUGUUCAAAGAGUUUGAUGACGAGGGCACCGGCAUGCUCCAGGACUCCGUCUUGGUCCGCAAGUUCGUCAGUUGCGGCUACGAGGAGCAACAGGCCAAGCGUGCUGCCGUGGCCAUGAACCUCAGCCAGAACAAGAAUGCAGUCGACUGGACCGAGUUCGUGGCUGCCUGCAUCGACCUGGGUAACCCGAAGCUGGAGCCUUCCAUCCAUCUUAUCUUCCACAAUGCCGAUAAGGAUAACGAUGGUCUUCUUUCCAUGGAGGACGUUCAGUCUCUUCUGCCCGAGGCUGCGCAGCUGUAG